AUGGGCUCCCAGAAAGACGUCUCGGUCGCCGAGAACGAGCACCAGGGGGAUGUGCCAUCCACCGCCUCCGUCUCCAUCCCCUCCACGGGCGCGCCGUCCCACAAUGUCCACAACGAGGCCGCGGCCGGCGUCGGCGCCCUCAACGAGUCCGCCAUCGUCCACGCCGUCGAGGACACCACGGGCCUCGCCGACCACUGGAAGUGCCUGGCCGCGUGCACGCUCAUGUCCAUGUGCCCGUUCCAGUACGGCGUCGACUUUGGCCUCAUCAGCGGCCUGCAGGCCAUGCCGGGCUUCCUCAAGGUCUUUGGCUACGAGAUCCCCAGCCCGGACCCGGCGGCCCCGCCCAUGUACGGCCUCCAGACGGAGCGCCAGCAGCUCAUCUCGUCGCUCAUGAUCCUGGGCGCCUUUGUCAGCUCGGGCCUCGCCGGCCCCACGGCGGCGUACCUGAGCCGCCGCAUGUGCAUCUGGGCGGCCAUUGUGCUCUGCAUCGUCGCCAACGUCGUCAUGAUGACGGCCACCAACAUCGGCGCCAUGUACGCCGGCCGGCUGCUGAUCGGCCUCGCCAACGGCAUGUUCAUGACCUACUCGCAGCUGUACAUCCAGGAGUGCGCCCCGGCCAAGUACCGCGGCAUGAUGAUCUCGGCCUUCCAGAUCUGGACCUCCGUCGGCACCCUCAUCGGCACCGUCAUCGACAACUUCACCGCCCCGAUCCUGGGCAAGAACUCGUACAUCAUCCCGCUCGCCAUCAUCUUUGUCAUCCCCGGCCUGCUCUUCUUUGCCCUCUUCUUCAUCCCCGAGUCGCCCCGCUGGCUCAUGGACCAGGGCAAGUACGAGCAGGCCCGCGUCGCCCUGCGCUGGCUGCGGCCGUACAGCGACGACGUCGUCGAGGCCGAGGCCACGGAGAUCCAGGACGGCCUCGAGUCCGAAAAGGCCCUCCACGCCAGCGUCCGCCUCCUCGACCUCGUGCGCGACCCCGUCGACCGCCGCCGCACCCUCAUCGCCGUCGGCGCCCUGAGCACCCAGGGCGCCUCCGGCGCCAUGUACAUGAUUGCCUACGGCACCUACUUCUUUGCCGAGGCCGGCAUCGACGCGCCCUUCCAGAACUCGUGCAUCCUGACCGGCGUCGGCGUCUUUGUCAUCAUGGUCAACUCGGCCGUCAUCACCCGCAUCGGCCGCCGCCGCGUCUUUCUGACCACCGGCCUGACCAUCUGCGGCUUCGCCCAGCUCUUCACCGCCAUCAUCUACACCGUCAAGCCCGGCUCGCAGACCGCCGGCAAGGGCAUCGUCGCCUUCAGCGUCAUCUACAUUGUCGGCUACAACGGCCUCGUCGCGUCCUACGCCUGGCUGUCGGGCGGCGAGCUGCCCUCGCAGCGCCUGCGUUCGCUGACCUUUGGCGUCGCCACGGCCAUGGGCUUCUUCCUGGCCUGGCUGGCCACCUUCACGGCCCCCUACUUUAUCAACCCGACCUCGCUCAACUGGGGUCCCAAGUACGGCUACAUCUGGUUCCCGUCGUGCCUCAUUGCUGCUGCUUGGAUCUUCUUCUUCCUGCCCGAGGUCAAGGGCCGUACGCUCGAAGAGAUUGACGAAAUGUUCAUGGCCAAACUGCCCGCCCGCAAGUUCCGCCACUACCAGUGCGUCGGCCACCAGGUCAAUGCCACAAAGGCCGGCGAAAAGACCGAGGCCGAGCAAUACGCUUAG